CAGACGUAGCAACCGUUACUAGCGAACAGUUGCCCGUUUCGCUAACCAAGUUGUUUACUUUUCGUCGGCCGCUUCAAAUUAGUGUUUUCUGCUGGCCCUUUAGCCAGUACGAUACCGCUUCCCGUAAAACGCGGACAACCACCAAACCCCUGAACGAAACCUUUCCCUCAGGACGGACUGGUUUGUUAAUUUGUUCGUUUUUGUUCGUCGUCAGUGAAGGUGUUCUCUUGAACUAGAAAAAAGCUAGCCGAAAACUAGGCAAACCGACCAGUACGCCGCGUUGGGUUUCAGUUUCACCUUCCGCUCAGUGGGAAAGCAGGCAGGCGGCAGACAGGCAGUUUUAAUUUUAAAGGCGAAGGAUUGCAUUGUGGUGUUGGUAUAGAGGCGACUUUGGGCAACUUUUAGUGCAAGUGCAGGUAGCAACAAAAAAAGCGACGAUCUUGAACUGUGCAAGGACAAACAGAGUUUACUGAAUUAGUGGUGGUUGAACGGAACAACAAACAGCUGUUGAAAAAGCCCGUUCCAACCAUGACGAAACACAAAGUGUUUUCCAAAAAGGCCAAAACCAACCUAACGCAUCUUUAUCUGAACGAUAAAAAUAUGACCAAAAUUAGCAACAUCUAUCCGACGAAAAACAUACUCGUCCUUUACCUGCACAACAACCAGCUGAGCAAGAUCGAAAAGCUGGGCGCCUUCGCGCACCUAACGCACCUCUACCUGCAGUGGAACAAUUUGCGCAAGAUCGAAAACCUCGAAGGGCUGAAAAAUCUCAAACAGCUCUACCUGGGCUACAACAAAAUAACGCGGCUGGAAAAUUUGGGCAGCCUGAAGAAGCUCGAACAGCUGCACAUCGAGCGGCAGCAGUUGGACGGGGCGGCCCGGUUCGAAUUUGAUCCGGAAUGUUUGUGUGCGCUCGCGAACCAUCUGAAGGUGUUGAACAUAAAAAAGCUGAAGCUGGCCAAUAUUGAUGCGCUGGAGCCGCUGUGGAAGCUGGAGAUACUGCUCGCCUCUGAGAACAAUUUUAAAUCCACCGACGAUAUUACGCCCGUCAUUAGUGCACUUUACUCGCUGCGCGUUCUCGACCUGCAAGGCUGUGCGGCCCAGCGUGAUGUGCACUAUCGCGAGAAGGUUACGGCAGCGGCCGGUCACAAGCUUCUGCUCCUGGACGGUAAGAUGAUUUCCCAAUCGACGCGCAACUUUAUCAAAAACUUCCAAACCGUCAAGCUCGAGAAGCAGCGGCGCGCGAACGAGAAGCCCAAAACGGCGGACACUGGCGGUGGUGGCGGCUCCAAAUCGUCCUUCGAAAGUGUCAGCGAACGUAGCAGCGGUGGUGGUGGUGGUACUGUGGGCAGUGGCGGCGGUACCGGUGGGUUCGUUGAUCCGUUCAGUGCCGUGCUGCCGCACCAGUUCCCCGGCAACUCGCUGUUUCAGGUGUCGACGCGCCGUUCGCCGGCCUGCACGCGAAUCCUUCGCAAACCGAUCAAAUCGCCACUGCUCACGAAAACCAUGUCGGCUAACUUUUGUGACGAGAUGGCAUUCCGCUCGAACGAGCUACAUCCGGCGACGACGGUGGUCAUGCUGCAGGGCAAGGAGAUAAAGGCGGGCGCCCCGCCGGUCUAUAAGGAUAAGUUGCGUGCCCAUCGGAAGAUACAAUCGUUGCCCACGAUCGAUCACUAGCGAGCUUGUGUAGCGUGCGGGAUUUGGAGGUUGGGCGGAGGUUCUUUUCGUGUUUCAAUCCGAAACCGACGAGUGCUCUGGAAAAAAACAGGGAAAAUAAUGUAUUUCAUUCGUUUUUUUAAAUCAUCGCGUUUUAAAUUUAAGUGAUUUUCAAACGGUAGUUCAAUAAAAUGCAACCAUCGCGUGUGAAUAAAUACGA